GCUUACCACAAACCACCUGUUUCGACCUCCCUAAAGAUAGCUCGAAUUCUAUCGCUGACAUUGCUGGCCAUGACAGCGAUCAUUGGCAUCUUGGUCAUUAUUGGAAUGUACGUUCAUCAAGGAUACCAAUGUCAAAACUAUGCAACCCAACCGAUGGCCAGAAUUGACAGAAUGGAUCAUGAACAACAAUCAUCAGAAUCGAGCAAACAACCUGUGAAAGAUUUGCCACUUAAACUUGAACUGGAUGCUGCUUUGGGAACAAUUUUGAAAAAUCCGAAAAAUAAAAAAGCGGAAGUGAACUGCGUUGCCGAAACAAAGAAAGCUAGUCAAAUUAUUUCACAAGAUCCAAAAAUGCUGAUGACCCCCUUCGGAAACUUCAGCACAGAUCCUAAGCUUCUACGUUUAACUGGAGAGAGGAUGGUCCUUUCCUGCAUAUCUGCAAUUGACAAGAAACCCAACAAAAAGAAGUCGGCUAACAAGGGUAUUCUCUCUUCUUUUUCUUUUUUUAUAAAAAGUGGCAUUCUAGUUUUAAUCAAGUGUUUUUUUCAUUUCAUGUGCAUCACUUUACUUAAAAAAAUUAUUUCGAUGAAAGAAUCAAUCCGCAUUUUAUUUUAUUUUAUAACCGUCGUUUUACGAGUCGAUCCCAUUUUUGGGUGGACGACUGCUCGUGUUCAACACCGCAGCUUCGUCAUUUUGAACCCAAUCCAGAAGACAAGGAAACUCCUGGACCAGUACUUCCAGAGGGAACAGGGAGGAUUUUAAGACUCGACAGAUGUA